AUGCUUACUCAUAGUAUGACUAUCUAUGCCUUGCCGUUAUCUCUUACUGGUGAUACUGAAAGGGCGGUGAGGAUAUUUAUUUGGAGUGGAGAAACCUCUAAAAAUAAGACGAUCAUUGUGGCGUGGAACAAUAUAUGCAAGUCUAUUAAUGAAGGUGGGCUUGGGAUGAGAUCUAUUUUCAAGCUUAACGAAGCUUCUAACUUGAAGCUAGCUUGGGAUACCCUUAAUUUUGAUGAAAACCGGGUUGUUGUCCUCCGGGAAAGAGUUACGCGUAACAAUAAAUUCAUCACUUAUUAUGUUUUCUCCUCCAUUUGGUCCAACGCUAAGUUAGAGUUGCACAAAGUUCUUAAUAACUCAUCGUGUUGUCUUAGGAAUGGUCAAUCAAUUAUUUUAUGGUACAAUAAUUGGCGUGGUUCUCCGUUAUUUCUUGAUGGUGAUGCCCUGACCUCCAUUGUUGAUCAUCUAAUCAACAUUAUUUUGGUGAAUGGUGUUUGGGAUUUUUCCAAGUCUUCCACCACCAUUCCCAUAUCUAUUCAAGUGUGUAUUAGAAAUCAUCAUAUCCCUUUUGAUAUCCGUCUGGAUAAGAGAUGUUGGAACCUUUGUUCUAAUGGUGACUUACCUUUUAAGUUUUCUUAUGAUUUUAAAUGCUAUAGAGGCAAUUUUAAGGAGAGUUGGAGGUGGAUUUGGAACAAGUCGAUUCCUCAAUCUAAGUCUUUCAUGGUGUGGAGGAUUCUUCAUAAUAAGUUGCCUAUUGAUAAAUAA